UAUUGGGAUGUUUGGGCAUGUGUGUAUUGAUAAAUCAUGAUUGACAUGAGACGUCUACGCAUGAUAUAUAAACCAUUUGCCUUAUUACGCCUACUCAUGGCUUUUGUCAUCGAUAACAUUAUUUUAUAUGAUCAAUGGCGAGAACAGAAAAGACAUCAUUUCUCACUCUUUGCUCUCCUUCACUUUCUGCCAUCUAGGUCUAUCCUCCCGUCAAGCACCUGAUAACACAAGUGUUGUACUGCUGGACACUAAAACCAACACCUGGAUUACAGAAUAUCGUCCACGAGCCAUGUCCGCCACAAACACACCUAACUCGGGCAACGGAAAUAAUGGCGGCAACAACAAUAAGUCUCUAAGUAUCGGAGCUGUCCUCGGACUCGCAUUCCUGAUUACCGCAGCCAUUGUAGGAAGUGCGUUCUUCCUACUGGUGCGGCGUAAAAAGCGCAGGACACGUAACACUGUGGCCAGGGAGAAUCUAGGACAGACAACCACUCGAGCAGCACUCGGGAGAGGGCGGUCAGAUAGCCAUUCGCGCGGAAUCUUCGGACGAAUAUCUGAAGGGUUCAGUCUGGGCGUCCUAUCGAGGAACGGUGAGGGCCAUGGCCGAGGUCGCAGACCAGACUCUAGACGGUACUCUGAAUUCUCUCUUCGCGCACAUCCCAUGACCAUCAUGGAACGGAUCUCAGAGUUGGGUUACUCGCCCGUCAGCCUUGGAUAUCCCGAAAGUGUGGUUCAGAUAGGGACAGGUGCGGUUUCGGUUACGAGCUAUGUGUACCCGAACCAGGCAUGUGCUAAGACAGAGAGAUUGACCAACGGGGAUGAGGCGCAUAUUAUCUUCCAUGACCUUUCGAUGCCUCAGAAGGAAGCCCUUCGGUUGACGCGGGAGCAGGAGCAACGACGGAACCAGUAUUUACAACAUCAGGCGCCCAAGACAGAGCUGUUACAAUUCGUCGACGACGACUGAGUGGUAGAAGACUUACACCCCUGUAACAUAUAAUACGAAUGACCUGUAAUAAUAAUAACAAUAGUAUUUUUCUCAAAUAUGCAACUGAUUUUAUCAAUAUUUGCAGACUAGGAGCCUCAACGAGCUUUACUUGGUAGAAAGUAUGCUCCGCACACGCGCGAGAAAUUGUCCUUAGGUUUGCAACGAGACCCGUGGGUAUAUAGGCGAUUGCGCGCGUUUUUGGCCCCCCGAUUAGGGCGUUAUAAAAUCAAGGCUGGUCAUGCCCCGAUCC